CGGGGAAUGACAUAGAUGUCUACUUAGCACCGCUGAUUGAGGAUCUGAAGAUGUUAUGGGAUGAAGGAGUGCCUGUGUUUGAUGCCUACCGUCAAGAGUCUUUCACGUUGCACGCCAUGGUAUAUUGCACGAUAAAUGACUUUCCCGCUUAUGGGAACUUGUCUGGUCACACAAUUAAGGGAUAUAAAGCUUGCCCUAUUUGUAGAAAUAGGUGGAAAGGUUUCAAGACAAGAUUAACUCGUGAUUAUUUCGUAACACAAAAGAAGAAUGAAGUAGAGCAUCCACCAUGGAAUAUAUACUCAGGAAUCACUGAAGAUGAUUGGGAAAAAUUUAAACAGAUUCGUGAAAGUGAUGAGUUCAAGGAAUUAAGUGAACAAAAUCGAACAAACCAACAAGAGAAUGAGCACCCUCAUCGCAUGGGUCGGGGAGGAUAUGGUCACGCAGACCAAGAAUACAUGCGCGCCAAAAUCAAGGAAGCUCUUUUGUCAGCACCCUCUUCUUCAGGUGCUGAAUCAGCGACAUCUACUUCCACAGUGGCUACUAGACCUCGUUAUAUAAAGUGGAUUGAUGGAAGAACUGACAAGAAGGGACUUAUCCCGAAUCCUAAGACUCGGUUGGUGGUAAACACAAUACAUGAUUUGGUGGAAAAAGAAAAGGUUGGAGAGUUUAUUCCAGUAGGAAGUCAUGACAUUUUGACUGAGGCGCUUGGGAAUUCUGAACAUGGUGGCCGUGUUAGGGGAAUUGCAGGGAAGGCCAAUCUCACAUCUUUUUUUAAAAGAAAGAAGCGUCGACAAAAUGAGAUAAUGGUACCUUUAAAACAACUGCAAGAAUAUGCCAAGCUAGUGAGGGACCAAACUAUAGUUGAAUUGGAAGUAAAGUGGGAGCAAAGAACAUAUGAGAUUCUGAAAUCUUGUGGUAUAACUCCACCGUGUGAUGUUGAGUUUAAGACGAGAGACUUUACCCCUCCUUUUCCAAAUAGUAGCAGUGUUCACUCUUUUGAGCCCGAUCCAUUUGUAAACACAUCAAAGGAUGAACUUCCCUGUGAGCUAAAAGUACCUGGUAAUCGGGUAGUGGCAAAAGGAGUACUGUGUAAACAUCUAACAGGGGAGCCUGUUCAUGGGACUCCAUUACUCAAAGACCAUUUCAUAUUUUGCAUGUACUUGCUGGAGAGGAGGACACACACUUACCAGUGCCAUUCUUCGGGCAUGAUUUACUUGGUGAUGUAGAAGGAAGUUGGGCUCAAUGGCCAAUAAAACAAGUUCUAUUAUCACAAGAGCAAGUUAACCACUCACACCGGAAAAAGAGGAUGCAAACCGAUAAAAGUUCAACUGAUAGUAGGUUAAAUUUUCAACCCCUUUCCCAAGAGGAACAAGAUGUGGACAGUUCACACUUCAAAAUCCGUGCUUCCACUGUUGGGACAUUACCUCCAAGCUGCAAGAAACUCUAUGGCAUGCUUCAAUCUCAAAACCAGGACUUCUGUUUUAAUGUUGAUCUUGGUGAAUAUCUUUUUCCCUCUUUUGGAAAUCAAAAAUCAAAAGCUUAUGUAACUAGUGAUGACAUUGAGCAGUUUUUUAACAUGGGAUGGCUACACACAUCAAUUGUUCACAUUUGGAUAAGGUUUUUGGACUCUAAUUCCAAACAUUAUCAAAUUCAAGACGAGAUUGGAUUUCUAUGUCCUUCAAAGCUUGCCAUGAUUAAGAGUAGACCUUCUUAUCUUGCGAGUUACUUGAAUCAUUCUAUUUCCCAACUCAGAAUGAAGAAGUUCUUAUUUGCUCCCUUUCAUCAAAGCCAUCAUUGGAUGCUUGUUGUGAUUAUUAUGGAAAGAGCCGAGGCUUUACUCUUCAAUUCAUUAGGAGUUGGGUUAAUGGGGCCCGAGUUUGAAGAUUUGGAAAUCAAAGGACAUUUGUCUCUG